AUGCGCUCCGCCUACUCCGCGAUCAUUUUGAGCCGGUCAGUGACACAAACUACGUGUUCUGUGGUGUAUAAAUGGUUUUUGAGGAGCGUGCACUCGCUCGCCAGUGUUAAUGUUAUUAAAUUUGUUGUUUGUUUUUGUAAAUUAAUCGUAGCCCGUCGUUGAAGGCUGAAAAUGUUUAAGUUUAUUAAGGCGAAGGGGCCCCACCAGACGGCCGAAAGGCAGAAACUCCAAAAGGAAUUGUUUUCAUUCAGAAGGACUCUUCAACAUGGCUUUCCCCACAAACCUACCGCACUCGCCUGGGACCCGUCGCUGCGGCUUCUGUGCAUCGGUACCGCCACCGGGGCGGUCAAAGUCUUCGGACGGGCAGGUGUGGAAUUCUACGGUCAACAUCAGAACCCGAACGCCGUCACCAAGGUGAUAUUCGUGCCGGAUCAGGGUCGUGUCGUCACAUUGUGCGACGACAACUCCUUGCAUCUUUGGGAGGUUAACAAAAGUUCCUUGGUCGAAGUGAAAUCGCAGGCCCUGGAAGGAAAAUUGAAGAAAAUAUCGACGCUGUGUUUGGAAAGUGCAGGCAACCACUUGUUGCUCGGCACGGAGGGUGGAAAUAUUUAUUUGUUAGACAUUCACACGUUCACCAUGACGCCCGAUAUUAUUUACCAGGACGUCGUCAUGCAAAAUGUUCCUCCAAACUACAAAUUGAACCCCGGCGCAGUGGAGGUCAUUCUAGAAGAGCCCGGGCACCCAAACAACAUUCUAAUAGGUUACAACCGUGGUCUUAUAGUGCUGUGGAAUAGAAGUGACAACGCUUCACUUAAAACUUUCGUGACCAAUCAGCAACUGGAGUCCCUCUGUUGGCGGCAAGACGAAACUUUCAUCAGCUCGCACAUCGACGGCAGCUACAUCGUUUGGGAUUUGGGGAAACCUGACGACCCCGUAGAGCCGAUCACGACCUACGGGCCGUUCCCGUGCAAGCCGAUUCCGAAAAUAUUGGUGGGCGAGCUGGACGGCAGGCCUCUAUUGGCCUUUUCCGGGGGUCUACCCAGGGCCAGCUACAACGAUAGAUACACGGUUUCCGUGGUGCACGAGGACGGCGAACACGUCGCCUUCGAUUUCACCAGCAAAGUUAUCGAUUUUAUCCUGAUAACUACUAAAGCGGGUGGGGAAGAUAACGAAGAAGAGGAUUCCGAUGGUGAAGAAAAUGUUCAAACGAAUGGCGUUUCAGCGCCAUCUGCAGGCGGACAACCGGAAGCUUUGUUGGUGUUGACGGAGGAAGAGUUGGUCGCUAUCGACUUGCAAAGCAAAGACUGGAAAAUGAUGAGUUUGCCAUACUUGGUGUCUCUGCACGCGUCUGCCGUCACCUGCAGCCAACACGUGGCAGGGGUUCCGCAAGAGCUCUGGGAGCAUUUGAAGGACGCGGGGAGAGCGCAGACGCAGCACCUCUACUCGAACCGCUCGUGGCCGAUAGAUGGCGGUAAGUUGUUGUGCUCCAAGGGCCAAGAACCGAGGAGAGAGUUGCUUUUAACCGGGCACGAGGACGGUACGGUGAGAUUCUGGGAUGCUGGCGGGGUAACGCUAACUCCGAUCUACAAGUUCAGUUCUAAGGAGUUCUUUUCCGGGGACGAUCUUGACGAUGUCGCCUCUCCCGACGCGGAAGAUGGCGAGGAGGAAUGGCCGCCGUUCCGGAAAACCGGCAUCUUCGACCCUUACUCCGACGACCCGCGAUUGGCCAUCAAAAAGGUGGUUCUGUGCCCCCUCUCCGGUACUCUCCUCGUAGCCGGUACCGCCGGGCAAAUCAUCAUCGCCAAAUUCGACACGGAGGUGUUGGAUCAAGAGCUCAAAGCCACCGCGAUGAACAUCGUCAACGAUCGCGACGAGUUCGUGUGGAAAGGUCACAGCAAGCUGACCGCCAAACCCGGCGUGACGCAUCAAAGUCGCGGCUUCCAGGCGGCCGCCAUUUUGCAGCUGCAUCCGCCCGCCGCCGUCACCGCCGCCGUCUUGCACGCCGACUGGGGCCUCGUCGCCGCCGGAACCGCCCACGGUCUCGCCCUGUUCGACUACCUGAAGAACAAGCCCGUCAUGGUCAAGUGCACCCUCAACCCCAAUGAUCUCACCGGCGCCGGGGACACGCCCAUCUCGCGCCGGAAGUCGUUCAAGAAGUCGCUGCGCGAGUCGUUCAGGCGGCUGCGCAAAGGCCGCUCGCAGCGCCGACCGCACGCCGACAAGGAGUCGACGCCCGUGCAGGCGGCGCCGCACAGGAAGCCUGCGCCCAAGGACGACGAAAAUUUCAGCCCGAUCGAGGCGAAGCCCGUGGAAAGGCAGAUCGAGGCUCGACAGACUGAGGAUUCCAUGGGCUCGUUCGUCAGGUGUCUGUAUUUCGCCAGGACGUUUUUAUUAAAUGUACAAAACACGAACCCCACCCUGUGGGCGGGCACGAACAACGGCACCGUGUACGCGUUCACGAUAACCGUGCCGUCGGCGUCGAAGCGCGACCAAGACGACGUGCACUGCCAUCUGGCGAAAGAGAUCCAACUGAAGCACCGCGCGCCCGUGAUAGCCAUCGCCGUGCUGGACGGCUCGAGCCGACCGCUGCCGGAGGCGCUCGAGGUCGAGAGGGGCGUGGCCGGGCUGCCGGACACCACGCAGGCGCACCGCGUCGUCAUCGCCAGCGAGGAGCAGUUCAAGAUCUUCACGCUGCCGAACCUGAAGCCGCACAACAAGUACAAACUCACCGCGCACGAAGGUGCGAGAGUUAGGAGGAUGGCCUUCGCGAAUUUCUCCUGCCGCAAUAUCGACACCGAUGCCACUCAUACGGAGGUCGACUUGCUCUGCCUCACAAACUUGGGGGAUUGCCUGGUUCUGAGCAUACCCGACUUAAAAAGGCAACUCAACGCGGCAGCCGUCAAAAGGGAAGACAUAACGGGGAUCUCUUCUUUAGUGUUCACUAAAGACGCCGAGGCGCUGUAUCUGCACUCUAGCUCGGAAAUCCAGCGGUUGUCUCUUUCCGCCACGUGCGUGACGUCAGCGCGGUGUUACUUGUCGCUACCAGAGGGCGCUCGCGACGACGCCGCCGAGGAGAACCGGUCUGAAGUUGGCGGCGAGAAAGAGGCGGAUGUGACGUUGGUGAACGGCAUCGCCGGAAGCGUCGCUGAUAAAAUUGACGAGGUGCGGGAGAACGGGGCGUCUGGCGAAGAGACGCCUCACAACGUCACCGUCUCCAGUAGCGUCGGCGAUAUCACCAUAGACAGCGUCAAAGAUCAUCUCGGAUCAGGUGAGGAUUUGAACAAACGCGUAUCGGGCUUGUGCGUCACGAAAACGGUCACCACGAUUGUUAGCAGCAGCACCGGGCAAGAUGGCGGCGUUACGUCAUCGACCACCACCACGACGACGUCUACGGCGAACGAGAGUACUAGCAUCAUAGACAGUCUCGCUGAUGACCAAGGACCCGCCUUAGAGACUAAGAAAAUCCAAGUAAGUGAUUUGCUAUUGAGAGCUCCACUUGCUUUAGCUGAAGAUGAAGAAACUGAAAACCAUGUGGAAUAAAAAAUAAUAAUAAUAAUCGGUCAUACACAUUGCCAUAUCAGAAGCAGUCUCGUCAUUAACAUUUUUUUAUUCUACCACCCCAGUUAGAAACUAAGAGAUUUACAAUUUUAUAAAGUUUUGCUAUAAAUAUUUAAUAAAAAAGAUUCUUAUUGGUGUGGUUUGUAGUACAAAACUGAUUUUAUAGUUCUGGUGGUGUUUCUAUGGAAAAUGAUCUCAGGAUUGUUUUCUAUAGAGAUUUUUAAAAACGCCCCCUGCUUUUAUUUGUAAUGUUAGUAUUAGUAGUGUACUUAUUUUAGCGUUAAGUAUUGAUUGGGACCAUUUUUUUCGAAAUUAAAAUAAAAAAUACGCAGAAGUGUUAACGACGGAGCCUAUUUAAUAUUUUUAUAUUAUUCUAAUAAUUUGUUUAAUCAAUAAAACUGUUAGUAUUUUAGUUUUUUAUUUUCAAAAAAAAGUUUUAAAAAUAGGGCACAUUUUUUAUUAUAUUGGCUUAAUUUAUUUUUAAUAAUGUUCUCUAUUUGUAAACAUUCAAAAUUUUGCAGUUUUUCAAAAAAAAUUAAUUUAUAAAUUGAGGACCUAAUGAGAAUAUAAAGUAAUAAUAAAUAUUACUAAUUGUGAUUUUAAUAUUUUAAUCUGUAAAUUAUAAAAAUGCAGCUUUUAUAUAAAAAAUGGUGGAGGUUUACAAACGCGUAAUUGUUUUCAAAAAAAUGCAAUUUUUUGAAAUGGCCUUAACCUAAAUUUCGUUAUUAUAUUUUAUAUUGGUAUUUUAUUCACAAAUUAUAUUAUAUUUAUUAUUCACAUAUGACAAAAACAUCACCAAGUGAAUA